AUGGCCGCCAAAGCUAUCACACCGGUAUGGCUUCUAUUGCUAUCGUUUUCAGCAAGUGUGCCGUUUGUUGCUGGCGAUGAACUGAGCUUCCUUGCCUUAGGUGACUGGGGAGGAAUUGAAUUAUGGCCAUACACCACUCUAAUCGAGAGGGCCGUGAGUAAAGGCAUGAGCAAAAUCGCCGAAAAUCUGGAAACGCAGUUCAUUGUUGCCCUGGGUAAGUUGAUAGGUUGAGAGUAAAAAUGAAUUCAAUGAUUAUCUACUGUUUACCCUUAAUUGUGAAUAGACUUAUGUAUGAUUUGCCAAAAAAAUUUUCCGAUUGGAUCACUCCCUCAAAGCAGUUUUACUUCACGGCACUUCAGCUGAUUACCGAUUAGGAUUAAGUAAUAGAAAGCUAAAACGUAAAAUACACCGUCACGUCUUUAAUACAUAGUUUAUAACCUCUCUGAAACGGUCAUUAUAGGCCAAGCAUCACGAUAUUCCAAUCCAUUUUUUUUUCAGAGCUAUGUGGUCUGUAUAUUUAAUGUCACUUGUAUAUUAAGGUGGCAACGAAUCAGUGCUUUUCUUGCAAUUGUAAGGCUCCGGUGAAAAUUUUCUGCCAUCAAAAUCUGUGUCUGACCUUUCGCGAUCUUUUAUAAUACAGUCGCGUGAUCUCUCAAGUCAAAGUCCGGAAACGACCCCCCGUGUUUCCGCUAUUUCAUUGGCUUUAUAACGAUCUCCUAUUUCGACGCACGAACGUAAGUCGUGCAAAUUUCAGUCUACUUCAUCCCCAUUUCUUGCGCUUCACCAAGGCCUAAAGAAAUCUAGCCCCCUUAACGAUUUAUUAAAUGCUUAAGCCCAAUUUCUACAUGAUAGCUGGGAUCGCUGAAAGACGUCUAGUAAGCUGAACGAUUGUAACAACCCUUAUAGUCUUUUUGGCAGGCACUCUAAAGGGGUAGAGAAAGGAGGAAUUUCGGGAUGGGGAAUUCGGGCUCGCAAUGGAACAAAUGGGAAGGGCCUUUCCUCUUCCCUUGCAGACCGUUCGCGUCCUCGCACGGCCGAAGAUCGAUAGUCUUGCCCUUUCUUCUUUUCCUCUCGCCUAUCACGCAGGCUACAAUCAUAAAAGGACAGCAGCGGCGCCAAGGUGACUGGGGUGGGGGCCCUCUCCCCACUUUCUACUUUCCACUACAAGUCACUUGUCAGUCGGCUCCCCACCCUCCCCCACUUCAAAAAAUCCGUCUUCAGUGUAGUGAUUAUACGAAAACCACUCAAACCAGCAUCAGCAUUCGCUGAUGUCUGUUUAUAAAAGUUCAUGUAGCGCGACAUUAUUGGCUACCUUUCCUCAUCAAGGUUACUUUUUUUUUCGGGUUGGGGUAAGUUUCGAUCGCAUACCUCCCGCUUUGCCGCAAUGUAUAUGUAUACCCUUUUGCGCUUAGGAACAAUUUUAGCGACAUAAAAAAUGGCGAUGAAGUUGCCGAUAGGCUCAUGGAAUCAGCUAAAUUCCAUCAUAUUACUGUUAAUCCCAAGGUGACAACUUUUAUCAUCUUGGAGUAAAAAACGUAGAUGACAAGAGAUUCAAUGAAACAUUUGAGGAUGUGUUUACUGCCAAAUCGCUUAUGACUCCUUGGUACUUCUGUGCGGGAAAUCAUGAUCACUAUGGAAACGUGUCAGCCCAAAUCGCUUACAGCUCUAAGUCAAAACGCUGGAAUUUUCCAGACUAUUACUAUACCAAAUCCUGGAAGAUUCCUGGUAAGUACAAUAACCUAUUAUUUUAUUAACCUACUAUUUUUUAAGGUUGACAGAUGACAGGUGACAUCAAACUUGUUCCGAGGGCAUUUCCCUUGACAAUUGGUAGGGGGAAAAGGCCCCGCCCCCUCCCAGUUUUCAAGGGGAUAUCCCUUGGGGGAGGUUGGGGGUGGUAAGGCCUUUAUAUAGGCAACCAGCCUAGUUGAGAUAUAUCGAAUUUUAAUGUUGAUUAUAGUUAUCGCAGUCUAGUUUAGUUUAUAAUAUUUACGAUUUGCAAAUUGAAAAAGAGGGAAAGCCAAAGUAAGAAUUAAGCAUACACGCCUGCUUUCAGAAUUUUGUCUGUCCAGUGGUAACCAUGCACGCAAGCUAUGAUAAGUCUAGUAAAAUAGCACUAAUAUGAUCCUUACGGCAAGAAGUCUGACCAAAAAAUCAUAGCAUCCAAUAUUAAAUUUAUUUGCCCGGUAUAAAUUUUUGUUUGCGAAAAAAAAAAAGAAAGAAAAGAAAAGAAAACUCUCUACGUGGGUUUAGUAUUCACGAUUUUUGCUGAUGCAAGUCCACACUAGUAUCCGUCACACUUCACUUGUUUUUCUUGGUGGUUUUGCGUUUAUUUUUUUUUUCAAGUAUAAGCCCUCACUUACCUAAAAAGCUUCCUCAAAAGACGUUUAGUCUUUCGUUCAGAAACUUUGAUAUGCCGAUUCCUUAACCAUCCUUCCAUCCUUCAAAUAAUGAAGAACCCUCUUUUGGUGUAGACUAUAGUCUUCAUCUUUUUUAUCCUGUUUUGGCUAAAUAAUAUUUAUGUAUAUUGUGUGUUCCUCCUCAUUCAUCAUCUGACAUUAUACAUAUGUUUGCUGGUUGUGUCGUUCUUCAAGGUUCUGACAUUGAACUUCAGUUGGUUCUUCUGGACACGGUUCAACUCUGCGGCGACUCUGGAGACGAUCAUUUCAACACACAGCCACAAGGUAAACUGUUAUAUUACCAUAGCUAAAGCUGAACUUUAUUAAUUAUAACUUUUCCCUGUGUUUACAUCUUUCUACCCUUAUUUAGUCCACUCUCGAUUCAACCUCAUUUCCAAAAAAAGGCAAAACGAAAAAGAAAAAACAACAACAACAACAACCAGGAGACUGCCCCCUUAAGAACGGUUGUUCAGAAUCUGUAUCAUAUUAGAUGAAAUAACAAAGUUUGGUAUACUAAAACAGGUUAAGGAUGUCAAGAAGGUUUGUGUACAUCCCAAUCCCACCCCCACCCCCCACCUCGUCAAAUUACCCAUGCAGUAUGACCUCCUAUUGCUGGUUUGCACGGCGGCCAUGUUGGUGGUCAAGAACAAAAGCAUUUCUCCCCUCUGGGAGUUAAACUCCAUUUUCGUGUAAAUUAUUCUAGAAAAAAUUCUAUUGUAUUGACCCCCAACACGGCCGCCUUGCUACGUGGUUGCAAACCAAGAAUUGGACUUACAGUUGACUAAAACGUUAAACCCAAUUACCUUGUAGAGCCUGAAUCACAGGAGGCAUCCGAGACCCAAUGGAAAUGGAUAGAAGACACUCUUCAAUCAUCUACAGCCCAUUAUCUGAUCGUGGGGGGCCAUUUCCCUGUGUGGUCAGUUGCUGAACAUGGUCCCACGGACUGUCUGGUCAAUAGACUGAGACCGCUGCUACAGAAGUAUAAAGUGACUGCUUAUAUUAGCGGACACGAUCACAACCUUCAGGUAACCUUGCUUGUUUUAAGCAUUCUGUUAAAGUACUUCUUGGUUGUUAAAUGCUAGCCCCUUUCUUUAUUUGAUUUAUGCAGAAAUAAUUAAUAUUCAUCAGAAGAACCUGAAAAAAUGUUUUUUUCUUUGUUUCUUUGAUUGUUAAAACUGUUGACAAUUUCGUCAUGAUUUAGUAAGCUGUAGUUAUUAUUAUUAUUAUUAUUAUUAUUAUUAUUUAGGCGUUUUCUAAACCUAAAAUACAACAGAUUUUGAUCACUUUUGUUAAUGCUUAGAAUAUCUCUUGACUAUUUUCAUUAAUUCUUUAACCCUUUAUCGAUUUCUCACAGCACUUGAAGGAAUCCAACUCAUCAGUUGAAUAUUUCGUCAUUGGAAGCGCCGCCUACAUAGUUGACCGCAAAACCCACAAGGACUCAGUACCGAAAGGCAGCUUGUCGUUUUUCUGGGCGGACGCCGAUAAGGAAGGAGGAUUUGCUGCUGUACGUGUCGCGGCGACCAACAUGACCUUGGAGUUUGUGGAUGCUUUUGGGGCUUCUUUGUACAAACGGCAACUAUAUCCUCGAAAUAUCCACUUGAACUUCAAGUGA